UCUCUCCCGUAUCCAUUGUAGGUAGAAAUCCUCGAAGCAGUGUCUGUCAUUUUUCUUGUCUCACUGAGUUGAGCUGAGUUGGGUAACUCGUCGAGUUCGUUUCUCUGGAUCGACAUGGAGAUGGAAGGAUUCAAAGAGAACCCUUCUGAGAUCCACAGAUGAGACUCAAAUGGAAGACCUGUUUGGUACUUCUUCUUUGGAAGCACAUAUGCUCAUAAGUGCUUUUGCUAGAAGUGCUUUUAGUAGAUCAUCUUCCCUGUCAUGAAUGUUCUAUGUCCGAUGAAGAAAAGAAAAUUUCGCGAGGAGCAAUUGGGCUUGCCGAUAACUAAGAACAGGUGCUUGGAAUGGGUAUUUCCAUCUGGUCAAUCCAUCUCCAUGUUUGAUGAAAACCUGGAAGUAAAGAACAUGAUAAAACAGACACUGAAGAGAAAGAUAGAUGGGGCAUCCCUGGAUGAUGGGUCUGAACUUGAAUCGGGAAGAGGUAGCAACAGUUUCGUUGGAGAUUCUGAUUCUGCAACGUCGGUUUAUGGUGAUUCAAAACUUGGACCCGUGCAUGCACAGACAUGCCAAUAUGAUAGGCCUUCCACUUCAUCAGCGAACGGCAUCAGCCAUAGUGCAGAUGAACUAAAAUAUGCGAACGGAGACCAACAACCUAUGCAUCCUCAUGGUGAAAUUCAAGAAUCUCAGAAUCUUCAAGAGCCCAUCCAGGAAUUUGGAGAGCAGGUGGAUUACAUUUUCGCAGAAUAUGGAGAUGACUGCAUUGAGCAAUGUACGGACACGGGUUACGAAGAUCUCAUCUACCCGAACGGUUUGAACCCGAACACAUAUGUACUUUCGUCGGGAAGAUGGAAUGUGAACCAAGAUAAUUCAGAGGCUCAAUCAGGCGGCAGCAGGAAGCCAACCAUCGAUCAAGAAUUCGAGCAGUAUUUUUCCUCCCUAAUGCUGUAGAAUUCACUGCUUCACAGCAAUAAAUCUGUAUAGUUUUUUUUUUUUCUUUCUUUUUUUCUUUUUUAAUUUUAUAAAUAUGUUGACAAGGUUUAAUCGCGAAAGAGUUUUGGUUCUGGCACACCAGGGAGGUCCAGCUCUUUUUUCAAUAAACGAUAAGAUAUUUACAAAGAUGAUUAGAUGACCGGCCUUCGACUCAA